AGCAUCGGGCUACCUGUGCUAUUAUUGAGUCCACUAUAUUUUGGGUCAGCAGUUAUCAAUAAAAGUGUGUUGCUUGUGGACCGCCAUUCUGUGUCACGAGUAGUCUUUCUUAUGAGAAUUUGACAUAUUUCUGGCGACGAGGAUAAACAUUUUGCACCAAAAUGGCAACUCUGGGCAAGAUAGAAGAGUUUCACACCACUACUGGAAAUAUAGAGCGCUAUCUCGAGCGUUUAGACCAGUAUUUUGAAGCAAACGGCGUGAAGCCAGACACUGAUUCGUCACACAAACGUCGGGCAAUCCUGAUCUCUGUGAUAGGCGCCAAGGCCUACGAUGUUCUCUCCGACUUAUGCUCUCCUGCAACACCUUCUGCCAAGACAUACACAGAACUCUCGACGAUUUUGAAGGCUCAUUUUGCUCCCAAACGGUUGGUAAUCGCCGAGCGAUACAGAUUUCAUAGCUGCUCUCAAGCCCCCGGGGAAACCGUGUCCACAUUCGUGGCCAACCUCAAGCGCUUGGCAGCCACGUGCAACUUCGGCACACACCUAGAUGAGGCGCUACGCGACAGAUUUGUCUGUGGGAUCCACAGUGAGCAAACAAAACGGAAGCUCCUGACGGCUGACUACAACUUCGAGCAAGCCCUCAAACUCGCCUUWAGCAUGGAGACAGCGGAGAAGGAUGUACGCGAGCUCUCCACUGCUAAUCCACCAGGAAACGGUCAACCUGUCAACAAGGUUUCGGGAAGACAAGGGCGAAGAUUUAACAAGCAUGAAGCCAAGAAAYCUACUGGCAAACCCGAGGAUCAUGGAACCUGUUUAAGCUGUGGUAAGACAGGCCACAAGCGAACAAACUGUAAGUACAAAUCUUACACUUGUAAUUYUUGCAACAAAAAGGGUCAUUUGGCUCAGGCUUGUCAAAGUAAAGGAACAAAACAAGUUGUCGUAGCGGAAGAACCCGCAAAGGACAAUGACUCUGACAACCAGCCGGACUCAUUUUCRUCURCAAUGUAUAAGAUUGGCAAGCAUGRCAUAGAUGUAUCACUUGAGGUUGAAGGAAUUAGUGUCAAUAUGGAACUUGACACUGGUGCCGGUGCCUCCAUUAUUUCAGAGCAAACAUAUCACAAGCAUUUUAGAGAAAUUCCUCUUAAGUCAUGCUCAUCCAAGCUUCAUACUUAUACCGGGGAGCCAAUAGAGRUCCUGGGUCAAAUAACGGUAGAUGUGAAGUACAGGGAGCAAGAUGCAACUCUUCCAUUAGUGAUAGUCAAAGGGACAGGCCCUUCUCUUCUCGGAAGAGAUUGGCUCUCAAUUUUAAAGCUAGAUUGGGAAGGCAUUUUUACAUGUAAACUCUCAGGGGAAAACUUCCUCACCAGGAGAAACUUAAUGCACUGA